ACAGGAAGUGAGUGCAGAUUUAUUACACUGCUCCUCAAAGAGCAGAGCAGAGACUCUUUAGAUAACAACGAAACGAGAACAGACGAACAUCUUCAGUGAAAUUCACCCAAUCUACUGGCUCUAACUGAAGGAGACGUAAUGACGAUACAAGAAUGAAGGCUGCUAUGGAGAUAAGGAGCAGUUCCUCUGGUCAUCUUCAGGCGUCAUGAAUCCCAACAGAUCCUCAGCUCACCGUGGGGGCAAGUCCCCUGCUGCAGAUGAGCUACUGGACGACUGGCUCUUCCUCUCCACUGAGUCCGCCGGGCCUCAGGGCCCGGUAGUGAGCAGGGACGAGCUGGACGACCAGGAGGCUGAGGACAGAGGCCAACUCAAAUCCAAGUUGAUCUCAGCAUGGAACAGUGUCAAAUAUGGCUGGACCUUGAAACAGAAAUCCAAAUUCAGCAAGAACUCUCCUGUGAUCAUGUUUGGACAAUCAUAUGAGCUCAAGGAUCAUGGGGAGAGAGAGUGUUUCCGCCGCUCCUUCGCGUCUCUGCUGUGGCUGACGUACAGACGGGGUUUCCCUCAGCUGGCGGGCUGCUCUCUGACCACCGACAGCGGCUGGGGUUGUAUUCUACGCACGGGCCAGAUGCUGCUGGCACAAUGCCUGCUCCUGCACCUGAUGCCACUAGGUUGGACCUGGUCUGUGAGCCACCAUGCGGUCAAAGAUGACAUGGACCUGCUAGCGACUCGCCCCGCAGACGGCGCAGAGCGCGGACAGGAUGUAAAGGAAAGGCCGAACAAGAGGGGUCGAAAGCUGAGCUUGGGUUCCCUCCUAGACCGUCCCAGGGAGGGUACACACAGAAGGGUGGUAUCGUGGUUCGCAGACCAUCCCACAGCCCCUUUUGGGAUACACCAGAUGGUGGAGUUGGGUAAAAGCUCAGGGAAGAAGGCCGGGGACUGGUACGGACCUUCCAUCGCGGCGCACAUCAUCCGGAAAGCUGUGGCAGCGUCGGCGGACCUUCCCAAUCUAGUCGUGUACGUUGCACAAGAUUGCACCAUCUACUUGGAGGACGUGAAGAGUUUGUGUGAGCGGCCUCUCCCUCAGCCCUGGAAGUCUGUCAUCAUCCUGGUUCCUGUGCGACUUGGAGGACAAGAUCUCAAUCCGUCCUACAUCACUUGUGUCAAAAAACUCCUGACAUUACAAUGCUGCGUUGGAAUCAUUGGGGGCAAACCAAAGCACUCUCUGUUCUUCGUCGGCUUCCAGGAUGACCAUGUGCUGUACUUGGACCCUCACUACUGUCAGCCCACGGUGGAAAUAACAAAGGAGAACUUUCCCUUGGAGUCGUUUCACUGUAAAUAUCCCAGGAAGAUGGCUUUCUCUCGCAUGGACCCCAGCUGUACCAUAGGGUUCUAUGCUAAAGGCCAAAAGGACUUGGAAUCACUGUGCACAGCUGUUAAUGAGGCUCUCUCCACAUCUGCACAGAUGUACCCCAUGUUUAUAUUCGCAGAAGGAAAAAGUCAGGAGGAGGAGGAGGGAACUAGUACAACCACAAACAACAUCACCUACAUCCAGAGGAAGAGUGAGCGGAGAAGAGCCGACACCAGCUGCAGCAGCAUGGACGAGUUUGUUCUAUUAUGAACAGAAGGAGAUCUAAUCUGCCCUGAGGGGCGUACGGUGAUGAUCAAUGAUCAGACAUAUAUGAGACAGUUACACUGUGUGGCAACUACUGAGCGUAAGAACAAUGUCCCCAAACAUCCACAAGCAAUAACCUCAAGGGAAGUAGCCGGGUAUAAUUAAUGACACUACUAUAUUUAUAUUGCUGUUUUGUGUUCAUCUGUAUUUUUAUUUAUUGUUUUAAUAAGAGAAGAACUUUUAAAUUAAGGGUUAGGGUUAGUAAAUCAUUCAAUUUAAGGACUUUGAAGAAUGAAUGCUGUUUUCUAUUUUUUAUUUCUAUUUGUAUUUAUCCAUAAAAUCCAUGACGUCAUGCUCUUUUUUUCUUAAUCUAUUCAAAAUAAUAUAAACAGAAUAGUAAUGAUAAAUUUCUCUUCGGGACAAACUUAAGGCAAGUGUUACUAUGAGAUACAGUCGCUCACUGUUUCAUGUCAUGUGACAGGAUGCGCUGCCUUUGAAUGGAUUAGAAAAUUGGAUUCCUGUUAACAUGUGACUCGCACAUGAGAAACGGAAAGAACAUGACGUUACUGGAGAAUUCAAAUGUUGUGAAUGCACUUAGGAAAAGAACGAAACUUACUGAGAACAUCCUUAUGAGCUGGAUUAUUUUUGCUGUCUUUUAUCAGGAUAAACAAUUUAUGAUCAAGAAAG